AUGACUGGCACAAGAACAAUUAGCCGCUUUAUGUCUAACCAGACUUGGAAUUUUACUCCCAUCUCUGUAUCUCGCAUUGGUUCUCAUUCAUUGAAUCAACUGAGAAUGAGUUCUACUGCAACGGCCGCGGUAUCAGAAGCUGAAACCGCCGCAGCUCAAAAAAGUUACCAAAUCAUCCAAGACAGUGGCAAUUUCGACGAAACGCAAGCCAGGCGACCAGACUUUGAUCAUUCUAAGCCCAUUGAAGUGACAAAAUCCCCAAAUCCCAACUGGGAGUAUGGGCAAGGUGUACCCAACAAUCGAGCCAAUCUAGCGGAAAAACAUCAUGAAAUCGACCCCUACGCCUCAGAUCGGCCGAUGAUAAAUAACUACCGUCUCCUUGUUUCGGGGAUUGCGCCUCGACCGGUGGGAUUCCUCAGUACCAUGAAUUCCAAGGGUGAAAAGAACCUUUCCCCAUUCAGUUACUUCCAAGUUAUCGACCACGAUCCCCCGAUGUUCAUUGUGGGAUUCUCGUCUCGACCCAGCCGGGUCAAAGACACAUACCGUAACCUCCGAGAGACCGGGGAGUGUGUGAUCAACACAGUGUCGGAGAACAUGAUCGAGGCAGUGAACGCGACCUCUAUUGAUGCUCCGUAUGGCGUGUCAGAGUGGGAUGUAUCCGGUCUGCAUGAGGCGCCAUCGACUACCGUGAAGCCCUCCCGCGUCGCUGAAUCGGUGUUCAACAUUGAGGGCAAAGUGAUUGAUAUCAAGGAGUUCACGGAUCACCAACAGCCUGGGAUGAGUCUCGCUGCUACGGUGCUCAUCAAAGCUACCCGGUUCUGGGUCAAGGAGGGCACUGCCAAUGAGGAUUAUAGUCAUAUUGACUUGGAGAAGUUGCGGCCGGUCGGUCAACUUGGGGGCAUCUCUUAUGGUCGAAUUGGGUCGACUUUUGAGCAACCGCGCAAGAGGUGGAGUGAGGAGGUGGGUAAGAGUGAGACCUUGGCUAAGCUGGAUACUGCUAGACCUGUUUGA